AUGCCCACCCACAUCACCACCACGUUCGACUUUGACCGUAUCGCCUUCCACACCAUCACGAGCGAGCACGGCAGCACGCGCCUCCCGGGCGCGAUGACCACCGAGGCCGAGUUCAAGGGGGCCGAGAUGGCGGGCAAGGCCGUCACGCACUUCGCGACCAUCGCAUACGGCCCCGACGACGGCGACAAGGCCUUCCACGGCAUCUCCGUCUUCACGGGCAGCAUCCUCGGCAAGGCCGGCUCGGUGGCCUUCACGAUCGCUGGGCAGGUGCCGAACGGCACUGAGCUCGUGGAGACUGACUACGUCCUCCUUCCCUCGUCGGCUUCCGGCGAGCUCAAGGGUAUCAAGGGGACCGGGCGCGCGGUCGGCGCGCCGGGCCAGCAGGAGGGCAUUGUCGUUACGUUUGACGUCGAGUUUGCGUAG